GCCAAUCAGUGCCACCUAUCAGUACUGCCAAUCAGUGCUACCUAUCAGUGCCAGUCAGUGCCGCCUAUCAGUGCCAGUCAGUGCCGCCUACCAGUGCGCAUCAGUGCUGCCUAUCAGUGCCAGUCAGUGCCGCCUAACAGUGCCAGCCAGUGCCACCUAUCAGUGCCAGUCAUCAGUGCCGCCUAUCAGUGCUGCCUAUCAGUGCCAUGUAUCAGUGCUGCCUUUCAGUGCCCAUCAGUGAUGCCUGUCAAUGCCCAUCAG